AGACCACUCAUCAGUCUAAUCCAAAUAAACAAUUACAGAAUAUCUCAUGAUCAAUUCUCUUUAUAAAUACACUAUUCACCAUUACCAACAUCUUACUUCACUUUUCUAGUGUUAUUAGUUAGUAAUGGCGAAGAGCACUCGGAAUUGUGUGAGGCUUACAGUUAUUCUGUAUGUAUAUGCUGCGGCUGUUACUGCGACAGUGCUUCCAUCUGAUCAAAUUUAUGAUACUUCAAAAUAUGGGAUUUUGCAGCUCGGAAAUGGUUUGGCACAAACUCCUCAGAUGGGAUGGAAUAGCUGGAAUUUCUUCAGAUGCGGCAUUCAUGAAACAGUAAUUAGGGAAACAGCUGAUGCUCUUGUUACUACUGGUUUGGCUAAGCUGGGGUAUGUAUAUGUAAAUAUAGAUGAUUGUUGGUCUGAACUGGUGAGGAACUCAGAGGGUGAUAUGGUUCCUGAUUCUAAAGCAUUUCCAUCAGGCAUUAAGGCUCUUGCUGAUUACGUGCACUCCAAAGGUCUCAAAAUCGGGAUCUACUCGGAUGCAGGCCUUUAUACAUGCCAAGUUCGCCCCGGCUCGCUCAAACAUGAAAAUGAUGACGCAACACUCUUCGCGUCCUGGGGUAUCGAUUACUUGAAGUAUGACAACUGUUUCAAUCUGGGAAUCGAUCCUAAGGAAAGGUACCCCCUUAUGCGCGACGCGUUAAAUGCAACUGGAAGGACGAUAUUCUAUUCACUUUGUGAAUGGGGUUUGGACGACCCAGCGUUGUGGGCAAGUAAAAUCGGCAAUAGUUGGCGCACCACAAAGGAUAUUAAAGAUACAUGGGAAAGCAUGACUGCGAUUGCUGAUAUCAACGACAAGUGGGCGGCAUAUGCAGGACCUGGUGGAUGGAACGAUCCAGAUAUGUUAGAAGUUGGAAACGGGGGAAUGACUAACCAGGAGUACCGGUCCCAUUUCAGCAUUUGGGCUCUGAUGAAGGCACCACUUAUCAUCGGCUGUGAUGUAAGAAAUAUGACAGCAGAGACGUAUGAAAUUCUUACCAACGAGGAGGUUAUUUCUGUAAACCAAGAUCCACUCGGUGUCCAAGGGAGAAAAGUUUAUACAUACGGACCCGAUGGUUGCUAUCAAAUUUGGGCAGGUCCACUUUCCGGGGAGCGCACAGUGUUUGUCUUGUGGAACCGGUGUUCAGAAGCUGCCACAAUCACAGCCAAAUGGGACACGAUGGGGCUUGAAUCUUCGACCAACGCCUCUGUGAGAGAUUUGUGGAAGCAUGAGUAUGUGUCGUUGUGCUCGACGAAUUCGUUUAGUGCGAAAGUGGAAGCGCACGCCUCAGAAAUGUUCGUUCUGGCCCUGGCUGCAGCAGCUGCCUCUGCAGCUUAAUUGGAAUGCUUUUUGUGUGUUAGACCUAUUUCUGCUGGUUUGAUUUGAAUUCCAUGAAAUAUUAUUAGCUGAAUGGGUAUUGAUGAUAGGGUAGUAGAGUGCUUAUGUUGAUGUGGUUAGCAUCAAGCUGGGUUGAUAUUAGAGUGAGUAUGGUCUGUUGUGGCAUUACAUAUCAUCAAGCAUUUGUAUAUUGUCAUAAUAUAUUCAUAUAGUUGUGUUAUGGUUCGGAA